UAAGUUGAUCUCAAGAUUCUCACCUAUAAAUGGAGAACUUCUGAAAACUUAGAAAUUUGCAGCAGGUAUUCGGAUCUGCUAUACCUUUGGGAACCAGGCAGGAAUCAUGGUGGCCUCACCAACAAGGAUCCAUCUAUAAUACUGUGGCAGAAGCUCUUCUUCUUCCAACUUCCCACUACUUUACUCCACCAGGCACCAGGGCAAAUGGUGGAAUCUUCAAAGUGCCCAUCAUCGACAAUGGGGGUUUCAGUUGAUGGCGUAACCUCCUUUCGUGAUAAGUAUAAACGGCGAAAAAUCUCUGCCACAAGAGAUUUUCCGGAAGAUUGUGGAAGAUGUGCUGCAAGAUUGAGUACUAAGAAAGUUGAAGAGCCUCUGGUUUCAGAGCAUUCAAAGUCUGUGGAUCAGAUGGAGUUGGUUUGUCCAUUAAAAGGUGGAGAAACCAAAGAUAUUGAAUUGUCAAAAUCUCCGAACCAGAUGGUAUCUGAAGAACCUCAGCCGGUAAUGGAUGUUGUCACCAAAUUAGAUGCAUCCGUGCCUUCCAAAGUUGCGGAUGGAGCUGAAAUGUCUUCUAUAAAUUUGGGAAGAAUUCGUAGAAAGUUUCCUCCUAGAAGAACACUUUCAGCUGUACGCGAAUAUCCAAUUGGAUGGAGCAACGUUCCGAGAAUUAGUAACGAGUCUUUGAAGGACAUAAGUGUGGAUCAUGGUAAUUCAAGUGGUGGAGAAGAUAAACAACCAAAACUGAUUGUUGAGGCUGAUUCUAGGCUAACUGGAGAGAAUGUUCAGGAGGAUCUAAGGUGCAAUUUGAAGAGGAGUGUUAUGAAAAAAUGUGUGGAAAAUAUUAAAGUUGCAUCAGAUCAAGAUGUUUUGAAAACAAAGGCUGAACAUGUUGAAGUCGCACCAACUGCGGAGGAGAACGAUUUCAAGUCAGAAGUCCCAAGUAAUAUAGAUGGAUCAUACACAAAUCCUUUAUCGUCAGUUCCAAGGCCAUCACGUUCGACUUUGAGUGUGAUUCCAUUUGGUCGUCCAGCCUCUAACAAUGACAACGUUGUAACUCGCAGCAAGGUUAGAGAGACUCUUCGUUUAUUUCAAGCAACAUUCAGGAAGGCUUUACAAGAAGAGGAAUCAAAGGUGAAAGUUCCCGGAACUCUUUCCAAGAGGAUUGAUUUGCUAACCGUCAAUGAGAUGAAGAAAAAGGAGAAGUGGGUGAACACCGGUGGAAAAAUAGUGGGUCAUGUACCAGGGGUUGAGGUUGGAGACGAGUUCCAAUUCCGGGUGGAGCUUUCUAUCAUUGGUCUUCAUGGACCUUUUCAGGCUGGUAUCGAUUUUGUAAAGAAAGAUGGUAAAAUUCUAGCAACAAGUGUUGUGUCUUCUGGUGGUUAUGAUGACAUUCAUAAUUUUGAUGUAUUGGUAUAUUCUGGUCAUGGAGGAAACCCAGCUGGCGGGAAUAAGAAAGCUGAAGAUCAAAAGCUUGAGCGGGGAAACCUUGCCCUAAAGAAUAGUAUAGAUGAGAGAAGUCCUGUUAGGGUUAUUCGUGGAUUUAAAGAAAUGAAAGGACCUGAUUCUCUUGACACAAGGAGCAAGAUGGUUACGACGUACACUUAUGAUGGGUUGUACUUCGUUGAACGUUAUUGGCAAGAAAAGGGACGCCAUGGUAACAAUGUCUAUAUGUUUGAACUGAGAAGAAUUCCAGGGCAACCCGAGCUUGCUCUAAGAGAAGUACAAAAGUCGAAAAAUUCAAAAGUACGUGAAGGUCUUUGUGUAGAUGAUAUAUCACAAGGGCAGGAGAAGAUGCGAAUUUGUGCUCUGAACACAUUAGACAGCGAAAAACCACCUCAAUUUAAGUAUAUUACUAAAAUGAAGUACCCAUCAAGCCACAAUCUUAUUCCCCUCGAGGGGGGUUGUGGAUGCACGAACAGAUGCUCUGAUUCAGAGAAAUGUCUUUGUGCAGUCAAGAAUGGAGGAGAGAUCCCAUUUAAUCGCAAUGGCGCUAUUGUGGAAGCCAAAGAUCAUGCAAUUUAUGAAUGUGGACCCCUUUGCAAGUGUCCUCCAUCAUGUCAUAAUAGAGUUAGCCAACAGGGCAUCAAGUUUCAAUUGGAGAUCUUCAAAACUAAGUCAAGGGGAUGGGGAGUAAGAUCCUUGAACUCAAUACCCUCUGGAAGCUUCAUUUGUGAGUACACGGGGGAGGUCCUUUCGGAAAAGGAAGCCGAUCAAAGAACUGGAAAUGAUGAGUAUCUUUUUGAUCUUGGUAGGAGUAAAAGCAGCAACCAAACUACGGGGGCCGACUUGCAAUCAACUAGUAUCUCUGGCGAAAAUGUGGAAGAUGAGGAGGGGUUCACCAUUGAUGCCCUUGAGUAUGGAAGUGUUAGUAGAUUUAUCAACCAUAGUUGUUCACCUAACCUUGUGGCCCAAAAUGUUCUUUACGACCAUGAUGACAAGAGGAUGCCGCACAUAAUGCUAUUUGCUGGUGAGAACAUCCCUCCGUUGCAAGAAUUGACAUAUGAUUACAACUAUGUGUUAGGCACAGUUCAGGAUUCUGCGGGAAAUAUAAAGAUAAAGGAAUGUUACUGUGGUUCUAUAGAGUGCACUGGAAGGAUGUAUUAAGGCAAAUUGGGAGUCGGAUCCUCUGAAUUCAGGUGGAAUCUGUUGAGUUGGAAUCAUUUUAAAUUCGGAUGCAGGUACAUGCAUUCAAACCAGGGGAUGCAGAAGCUACAAGAACCACCUUAGCGGCAGAAGCUUCUACAGCUAAUUAAGGAGGCUUAACGUGGGCAAGGGGAUAGCAGAAAGAAAGAAACGGUAAGUGCAUUGCAAUACCAGGCGUUCCAGCUUUAAUCAAGAUUUUUUUCCUUAAAUUGCAAUACAAGUGUUGGUUUAAUUUCAAGUACAAUUUCUAUUUCUACUUUCCUAGCAAGAAGCAAGUAAAAUUUUCUUAUUUCUAUAAAAACUUGUGUUAUCUACUGCUGGUGUUAACUCCAGCAGAUGUUUAUGUAACCUGUUAUAGGGGCGGCAUGGUUUAUUUGAGGGGCGGCAUUCUAAUUGGACAAAAA